AUGGCACAGAGAUCUCGGCCCCCCAUUAGCAGCGGGUUGAGUGGGGUGGGGGCAGGGCGAGGCCUGGUGUCCCGGCGAGGCUCCCCGCGGGGUUGGGACCGGUGCCCUCCGUUCCUGCCCUCCAGCUUCCCACCCCCGGCACGGGUUUCGUCGCAGCCGGUUCUUUCCAGCUGGGGACACAAGUGCGUUUGUGCCGAGCCGUGGCGGGGAUUAAAGUGCCAUACGGCCCGAGCGAGGGGGGCGAGGAGGGUGGAAAACAACUCCCCGCGCGCACAAAGCGCGCAUUGUUCCAGCCACCUCCAUUAUGCCGCGCUGCAGCCAAGAGCCCGUUUCGCAACUGCCCUCCCGGCGGUCGGGCGCGCGCGCGCGCGCGCGCACACACACAAACACACAGAGGAAUUCGCCCCGGCCAAGGCAGGGGGCCUGCUCCAAGCGCUCCCUGGAGCCUGGAGGUCCCCAGGAGAGGCUGCGUCGGCGGGGGUGGGAGUGGAACGGGCGCGCUCUGAGCUGCUGUCGCCCGCGGAUCGCAGCCCCAGGCGCGCGGCGCUCGCCUGCUCGGCGGAGGACACGUGCGCGGGAGGAACAGGAAGCCUCCCUCUUCCCCAGGAGAGGCUCGAGCGCCCCCUCCCCGCUCCCUGCCACUCCAGGACUCCCCCCGGCCCAGAGCGGGAGCUGCGGAGUCCCGCGCCGCGCUUCCUGGCUUGCCCGGCCGUGCGUGCCAAGUGGGCCAACUCUGCCGCCCCCACCCUAACCACGCCAGUGCCCAGGCCCUGGCCUCCGCCCUCUCCGGUGUUGCUGGCACUUCAUAGACACCGAAAGGGUCUGAAGACUUGCCAGCCUUUUGGGGCCGGUUCUCCCCUGGGUGCGGAGCCGAGGGGUUAGCAGAACCAAGUCUCCCCGCCCUCCCCCGUCCCUGCUGCGCCCUCCUGGUGGGCAGGUGGGGAGCUCGGGCUCGGCGAGCUAGCGCGGUCUGGUUUCCUUUACGUUUACAAGCUAUAAAUAAACUUCCCCUUGGGCGGAUGCGCUCAGCGUCCAAGGGCGGCUUCCCGCCGAAUCCGGCGGCGGUUUACGACCUGGACCGGGAGCCUGUCCGAGCGCGGCCUGAGC